AUGAGUCGCAGACCGCCAUUUGGAAGCAACACAGAUAGAAACAAGAUAAAUGUUCAUCCAAGGUGGAAGAAAGAAGUGUACUCGGACAGUUCAAUUCCUGUCUACGAUGGUACCAAUUUUGAUAAUAGAGAGACUGGACAUUCAAACGCCUGUCACCAUAGCAGUUCCAUGUCAGUUGGAAAAGACAAUAUGAGUGCAAGCGUCUUGCUAGCAUUCCAAACUUAUUCAGCAGGGUCCUCAGGUUGUCUAAAGAAUCCCAGGAGAAAAAUCUUGGACCGGGCCGCUAUAAUAUUUCAAGAGAAAUACCAGUAA